AUGCUGAACCAGGGAUACCUGAAAGAACUGCUCAGCGAUAAGGGAAAGGCCAACUUCGCCAGAGGGCGCGACCCAUCUCAAGGACCACCAAGGCCACCGUCGCCGGCACAUGUGAAGAGAAUUAUAGUAGAUGAUGGAAGCGGCGCGUGUAUUAUCCACCCGAGAGUUCUCAUGCGAAUGAAGCUCAAGGAUAAGAUAAUACCACGUUGCAUAACACUAACGGGUUUUAAUAAUGCAGUAGAGCGGACAUCUAGAGAAAUAGCAUUACCAGUCCUGGCUGGGGGAGUCACGCUGGAAACUACAUUCCACGUCAUGGACCAGGAAACCGCCUAUAAUGCCAUCAUAGGAUGCCCAUGGAUACACGCCAUGCGAGCCAUCCCCUCAAGCUUCUAUCAGGUAAUCAAGUUUCCCACCCCGUGGGGAAUUUUCAGCAUUCGAGGCGAGCCGCGCACCGCCCAGGAAUGCUACCGGAUCGCCCAAGAUUGCACGCAUACCAAGCAGUUAAAAGGGGCAAGCGCGGAGUCAUAG